AUGCUGAAUGUAAGUUUCCUACAUUACGAACGAAAUUCAAGUCGCUUAAUUCAAAAGAUUCCUUUUAGGUUCAUCAUUUCACUUCAGUGUGUUUACGACGAUGUUGAAGUCAAUGGAAGUCAUCAAAGUAUCUGCUACAUAAUAGUCAUUCUGAAUGUUCUAUUGCAACAGCGACGUUCAUUUUGCUUAUUCAAUCAAAACGACUAA